AUGAGUUCACCGAGCUUAGUUGUUGAAUCAACACAAAAGCAAAAUUCCAAUUUGACGAUGAAAGGAAACUGUGUUUUGGAUGGUUUACUAAGAAGGGAAAGAGCUAAGGAAGACGAACAUGAAGAUACAGUAGGACCGUGGGGAGGUAAUGGCGGAACUAGCUGGGAUGAUGGAUGUUAUAGCGGUGUAAGAGAAAUUAAGCUCGUCUAUGAUCGAUGUAUCGAUUCAAUUACUGUGGUGUAUGACAAGAAUGGUAAGUCUGUUAAGUCAGAGAAACAUGGAGGCAAUGGUGGAAGCAUAACUGUCGAGAUUAAGCUGAAUUAUCCAGAGGAGUACUUGAUCAGUGUAAGCGGCCAUUACUCGUCAUUAGUACAAGGGAUACCUCCGGUUAUUAGAUCGUUAAUGUUUAAAAGCAAUCUGAGAAUCUUUGGACCUUUUGGCAUACAAGAAGGAACCCCGUUUUACUUCCCAAUGGAAGGUGGAAGAAUCAUUGGCUUCAAAGGGAGAAGUGGUUGGUAUCUUGAUUCCAUUGGGUUUUAUCUGUCUCGAGCCCAAUCGAACACAAUAAAGAAGAAAGUUCAACAUUGGCUUCAGAAAUCCUUGGAACCAAAAAGCAGUAAACAAAGUCAUCAUACUCUGAAAGCAGCUAAGUAAUGCCUGUCGAAAGCAGGAUCAACCAACAAAGUACAGAAUGCUGCACUUAAAAUGGUGUUUCCAUGUUUGUUUAGGAUUCAGAAGGCUAUUCGUCUACUAAUACACUCGUCUGAUCUAACUAGCUUAGUAAUGCAGAAAAAAAAAAUUGUUGUCUUAGAAAAAACAGAUUAUUCCAUGUACUUGGUGCACAGAGUAGCAUGCAUCCACCGGCCAGUGCACCACAUGUCUGUAAUGCUGAGGUGCAUCUGUUGGUUACGCGCAUCUUCCAUGCCAGUUGGAGCACAAUUCUCUGUACACCCAAGUACACCUUAAGCAUGAGGUGUCAAUGGUCAAUCAUGGUAGUAACAAAGAUAGUUAUGAGAAUCAGUUUCUGUUUAAUUUGCA